UUAAAAAUAUAUUUCACCGGCACCGAUAUCGAAAUCGUUGCUCGAAAAAUAUAACACAUUCCAACAGGGUGACACCGAUUCAUUCUGACAACCGCGUCUUGCGUAAGGAGCAAAAAGCAAAAAGGACUCUUUCGUGAGGACACCGUUCAGCUUAGGCCAAACCUUGCAUCGCCAUGGGUCACGGAUUCGGAGAAUUAGCCAAGGUACGCGGCAUCGUCACGCACAAGAUCUCUCCCUUCGAACAGCGCGCCUUCGCUAACGUAAUCAGCAAGGGCAUCCCGAAUACGCUGCGACGAAUCCGUUCGCAGAUCUUCAUCGUCACUCCGCCAUUCGUUAUCGGCUACAUGGUGUACAACUACAUUGAGAAUCUGCACACCCAAAUCAACCGCAAGAACCCAGCCGACUUCGAGAAUGAUUCGUAAUUCAUCUGGAUAGGCUCGUCACAACAGGUUGGCUCAUCUAGAGGUCACUGGUUGAACGUUAGCAGUGUAAUAAAAUGUUAAAAAUCUAACCCCC